AGUAACAGAUAAGACAUUUAAAUUGCUUGUAUUCAGAAAGUGCGAGAACAUUUCGGAUAUAUCGUACGCGGUGUACAGUGCGAUUAUCAUAUUAACAUUUACACGAUGUCGUUAAUACCAAUGCUGUUCUCUGAUUGGUGGGAAGAUCUAGACCGACCUCAUCGUAUUUGGGAUCAACAUUUCGGUACAUCGAUAGAUUCAGAUGAUCUGACCGAUCUGGAUUCGCCGCUCAGUACAGAUGUUCUGCUCUAUCGACCGCAUAGACGCGCCAGAAGACGAUAUCAUCCAUUCUUUAAGAGCUUAAAUAGAAAACGUGGAUGCGGUGUAUCAACUGUUCUGCCAAAUAAAAAUAAAUUUCAAGUGACUUUGGACGUAUCACAAUUUUCACCGGAGGAUAUUAAUGUUAAAGUGAUAGAUCAGAACGUUGUCGUUGAAGCGAAACACGGCGAGAAAGAAGACGAACACGGUUGGGUUUCCAGGCAGUUUGUUAGAAAAUACAUCAUACCAUCGCAAUGUGAUAUUACCCAGAUAGAAUCACAUUUGUCUUCUGAUGGUGUCUUAUCGAUUUCUGUACCCAGAAAAGAACCUUUGAAAUCCGAAGCAAACGAAACAAUAAUACCGAUACAUCAUACUGGUAAACCAGCUAUAAAUAAUUGUGACGAUAAGCCGAAUGAUACAUUGGAAUUGCAAAAAGAGAAACCAUCUCCCCAACGAGGACAGCAACAACAACAGCAACAACAACAGCAACAGCCACAACAUCAACAUCAACGUGGAAGAAAAGGCACUGUUAAAGUUCCAUAAACCAUC